ACCUUCAUCUCGAAAACGAAUUUUCACCCGUUAGAUCACCCAAGCCAAAGCGCACGCAAGCCCUACAAAACCCUAGUUCCGCUCCGCUGAGAAAACCCUAGCCAUUACGUUUCGCGCGCGCCCCCCACUCUCCGCAGAGCUCAGAGACCUUUGUUCGGUAAUGGCUCCAAAACAGCCAAAUACUGGCCUCUUUGUGGGCUUGAGCAAAGGCCAUGUUGUCACCAAGAAAGAAUUAGCCCCACGUCCCUCUGAUCGCAAAGGAAAAACUAGUAAAAGAGUCCACUUUGUGAGGAACUUGAUAAGGGAAGUUGCUGGAUAUGCACCAUAUGAGAAGAGGAUCACUGAGCUUCUGAAGGUUGGAAAGGACAAGCGGGCGCUCAAAGUUGCUAAGAGAAAGCUCGGCACUCACAAGAGGGCAAAGAAGAAGCGUGAGGAAAUGUCUAAUGUUCUUCGCAAGAUGAGGUCUGGUGGAGCUGGAGAAAAGAAGAAGUGAUCUCAUCGCCACACCCUCGGCCAAAAGCCUUACUGUUAGAGUUGUACUUCUAAUCUGUGAGACUUAUAUGAGUUAUUUUUUUUCUUACUUCUGUUUUGAAUGAGAUGAUUUCCAGAAUUAAAGUGUAGCUUACCUUUUGGUAGGGUGGACAUAUUCAUCUUUCAGUAGUGUUGUUUUACAUUUAA